CAUAUACGUAACUUCCUGGACUCUUUCGCGGAGCCUUGUGGGUAGCCGGCCGGGGGUCUCCUGGCGACGACGAUGGCGGGGGACGUGGGCGGUCUCAAUUGUACGGAUUCCGAGCUGCUGCUGCAUCCGGAGUUGCUGUCCCAGGAGUUCCUCCUCCUCACGCUGGAGCAGGCCCUCCGGAAAAGAGACGUCCUUAGCCUAUCAGAAAUUUCCGGGGAUUCGGACUUACCUUUUUGGAUUAUUGAUGGUUCGGAAAGAGGAGUCCGAAGCGACCUCCGCGGUCUGUGUAAGAACAUAGCUGUUGAAAAUGACGUAAGAAUAAACAAAGACAAUCUUACCGAUCUUUAUGUUCAGCAUGCUAUACCAUUGCCUCAGAGAGAAUUACCAAAGAAUAGAUGGGGGAAAAUGAUGGAAAAGAAAAGAGAACAACAUGAGCUAAAAAGUGAGACUAAAAGGAGCAGCACUGUAGACGGGUUAAAGAAAAGACCCCUAAUUGUGUUUGAUGGAAGUUCAACAAGUACAAGCAUAAAAGUGAAAAAAACAGAGAAUGGGGAUAAUGAUCGACUCAAGCCUCCCCCUCAGGCAAGCUUUACCAGUAAUGCCUUUCGAAAAUUAUCAAAUUCCUCUUCAAGUGUUUCACCCCUAAUUUUGUCUUCCAAUUUGCCUACGAACAAUAAAAUGGAACACAAUAAUAAUGACACUAAACAGAACCAUGACUUAACGCAUAGGAAAAAUCCUUCGGGCCCUGUGAAGUCGCCACCGUUGUCCCCUGUUGGAACCACUCCUGUGAAGUUAAAGCGAGUUGCUCCUAAAGAAGAAGCCGAGGCCACGAAUAACCUGAAGCCCCCAGAAGCAAAGAGGAAGAUACAGCACGUUACAUGGCCGUGAAGGAAAGUUUCCAAAAAUGUAAAUAUAACUGUAACUGUAGUUUUUCAAACAAGUUCACAUUAUAUUGACAGUAUUUACAGAGAUCUUGAUUAUUGUGGAAUUUUCUUAAGAAAUUUAAAAUUAGGUUCAUAAUAAUAAAGUCUUUCCGUUCCUCUUUUAAAAAAAAAAAUUCUUGCCUUUCAUUCCUUGAUUCGGAAAGAAUUUCUUUUUAAAUGAGUGGCUUUGUAUAAGUCAUUUAUAUUGACCCUAGUCAAAUCAGUAGCUACAAGUCUGGCAUAAAGCAUCCGAUGAAUUUUAGGAAUUACUCUCAUUACAUUAGUCUGUUUCAGUCUUUGAGGAAAUUUGAGGGGUUUUUUUAAACUCAGAUAUUUUAGAAGUUCAUAAUUUUCUUUUUCCCAAGCAAAAGAAUGUAACAGUUCAUCACAGUAUUUUAGUAAAUACUGCCAGACUCAUCCUCGAAGUUCCCUAGGAAAAACCGAUUUGCAGUGCUGUCCAUAAAUUUCUCAUAGUAUACAGAUGAAAUUGCUGGGCUUUAAGUGCUUAUAUUGCUUCUUCCCCUAAAAAUCCAAAGGGAAAUCAGAGCUUGCUAUUGCUCCUCCCCUUGAAGUCAUAACAGAGUCAACUGAUUAUGAGUGACUGGUCAGUUUCGCCCCUGGUCCCCCCUUGAGAGUGUUUUGUCAUGGCAGCAGCCCUACCUCCUCUUUUCAUGAGCAGUCUGUGAUCUCACUCUGAGCUCAGGGGUGUCUCCCUCCUACAAGUAUAACGAAGCUGACUUUAAAAUAUUCAGGCAAAGUAAUCAUGUUAGAGGUGGGACCUGUUGGUGGAAAGGUUAGAGAAUAGGAAGGGGGGGGUUAGAAUUCUAGAAAUUCAGGGAGUCCAGGAAGUGUAGCACUGAGGGGAAAACGCAGCAUGAUGGGGAGCAGGAAGAAGAGGAGAUGCUGAAGUCAGUCAGUAGAGUGACAGCCUAGAAAGGUACCAACUGGACCGCUUCCCACUGGGCUGUCACCCACAGAAGUCAUCUCCUAAGGUUUUGUAUUUGUGUUAAAUUGGGUUUGUCAUUUCCACUGUAUAAUGGAAGUCAGUGGGAAAAGAGGGUGUACCUGAUAUUCGUGAUUUCUCGUGUCCACUUUUCUGCUCUGUUUCUAACCAAGUGAAAGGAUACUUGACGCUUUAUCCCUUGUAUAAUUGAUCUUCACAUUGGGGGUUGCCUUGUCAGUACUUUUUAGAGCAGCCUUGCUGCUCCUCUUUUGAUUUGUUAAAAUAAGCAUUUUAGUUCAGCUAUUGAACAGCCUUACAAAAUAUUAAUUCAGCCUUGCAGGUAAGUACUUUAACUCUGUAGAUUUUAGUCAUUCUGCCUUUAUCCAGACUGUAAAUCUGUACACAUAAGACAACAUUGAAUCAUACUUAGUGUUGCAUAAAUUGUUAAUGUUAUGGGAAAUUGUUAAGUAUGUAUAGUUAUCUGCAGGACUGAUGUCUGUAAUAUUGAAGGACAAAUGUAACCAUAUACAUAACUAUAUGUUAAAGGAGAUUUUUUAAAGUGCAGAUUUUAGGGUAGAAUGACAAAUUAUAUUUUAUAUUCAGUUGUCCCUUCUGCUUUCAUAUGCAUCUCUCUCUUAGUUAAGAGAGAAUUAGCCAUUUGACACUUUUACGUCAGUAGAAACUUACUUUUAGGUACUCAAAAUUAAUUUUUAAUUUAUGUAUUUAACUUAAAAGUAGGUUGGUAAUAACAGCUGAACUGGGUAACACUGUUGCUUCAAAUUGAAGUUUAUAUUAUGAACAUUCAGAAUCAGUGCUCAUAUAGCAGCAUAUGCUUGGGCUCUUUUGCAUUAGAAAUGUGGAGAGGCGCUAAAGCCCUUCUGCAUGUCGCACUGCCAGCAUGUCAGAGCACUGUGCCUUCUCCGGGUGUGUACGUACAGCCUGUCUCAAGUGUCUCUCCACAUGGGGAAGCCUGCUGAAUAAUGGGGAUCUGCGGCUGAAGUGCUGGGCAUCUUAGGGUUUGAAGUGUCGCUCUGGUGAGCUUUGAAGUUGAGAAAGACUUGAUUUGAAUGGCUGGCAACUUCAGAAUACUCUGUACUCACUAACAUGUGUACUGUUGUCGCUCUUGAUUCCAUAUUCCAAUAAAGCCAGUUUUUCUUAUUAUUGGGGUAAGCGAGUGAAUGGCAUGCGAGUGAGUCAGUGAGUGGCUUUGGAGGUGUAGUUACCAUUUCCUGCCACUGGCAGGUGGUCUUGUUCUUUUCUUCCUCUCCUUCUCUGUUUGCUGUUUUCCUUUUUCUUAUCCUCCUUUCCCAUAGUUUUACUUUCUUUGCUUCCGUGUUCUUCCUCCUUUCUGUAGGUCCUAAGCUACAGGAUUAGGUUUGCAAGUCCUGUUGCUUGACCCUGCUCGUUCACUGGGGGGGGUGAAGAUAGGCUGACCCCAGUCCUCUUCCAUUUGAGGGAUCAUAGACUGCUGCGUGAGUUCAGAGGGUCUCAAGGCCCUGCAGCCCAGGGCACUGAACUGCUCCCCAGGGCUGCAAAAGCCGUACACUUUACCAAACUAGCUUGGUUAACCUUGAUCGCAUCCAGGCACUCUGGGAAGUUGGUCCAACUACUACUAUGAGGCCAUAAUGUUUUUGCUAGCAUUAAAAUUCUUCAAAAUUGUAAUUAUUACUUGGAAUAAUAUUUGGUUGACUUAAGUUUUGAGAGACGGUUCUGAAACUGAUCUAGAGACUCAUUCAAUAGCAAUGACCUUUUUAAAACUUACAUUAAGUAAAACUGCCAGUAGAUUAAAUCAUAUGUAUGUAAGAGCUUCCUCUAUUUACUACUGUGGAACUUCAGUAAUUUUUACAUGCUACAAAAUGGUCAAAAUGUUUUUAAGUGUGCUCUUUUAUUAAAUGCUUGUGCAGGUUUUGUAAUUCAGUACAGAAAGUUUAACCUUAUAAUGUACAUUUUUUGUAUGUAAAAAAGUCUUUUAAGUAGCCUUAUCCUUAUUUAAAUAAACUGAAUAAAAUUA